CACACAUGUCUGCAAGAUAUUUUAGCCACUAAUAUUCACAAGUCGUAGGCACUGGCACUAAUCCUUUAUUUAUAUAUAUCUCAAGACCACCUUACAUUACCAUUCAAAAUCAAAACAAACAAUUUUAUUUCAUUUUCCGAAACUCGAUAAGCAUUAAAGCAUAAGCUCGAUUCAACGAUACGACCCGACUUCCUUCGCCCGUUCCUCUUUGCGUUUUAGCGGCUAUUUGUGAUGGCUGGGCAAAGUAAUAACAAUAAUUAUGGUAAGAGGACUCAUUUUCAGUCCGAUUCUGCGGUUAACGGAGGGAGUAAGAGGAGAAACCCUGGUGAUGACAGUGAACAGCAUGGCAUUGGUUCGGAAGAUACUGUUUACCGUUACUUGUGUCCUUUGAAAAAGAUUGGGAGUAUUAUUGGUAGAGGUGGUGAAAUUAUCAAACAGUUGAGGUCUGAUACUAAGUCUAAUAUUAGGAUUAGUGAGACCAUCCCUGGCUGUGAAGAACGCAUUAUCACUAUUUAUAGUUCGAGUGAAGAGACUAAUUUGUUUGAAGAUUCUGGGGAGUAUGUUGCACCUGCACAUGAUGCUCUCUUCAAGGUCCAUGACAGGAUUGUUGCGGAGGAUGCUCCUGCUGAGGAUGAUUUUGAUGAUAUCCAACAAGUUACUAUUCGAAUGCUUGUGCCAGCUGAUCAGAUUGGAUGUGUUAUUGGGAAAGGUGGACAAGUUAUUCAGACCAUACGAAGUGAAACUCGUGCUCAGAUUCGUGUUUUAAAGGAUGAACAUUUGCCCCUCUGUGCCUUGAAUUUUGAUGAACUUCUUCAGAUAGUUGGCGAGCCCUCAGUUGUGAGGAAGGCUCUUCUUCAAGUGGCAUCUCGCCUUCAUGAGAAUCCAUCACGUUCCCAGCAUCUGCUUCUGUCUUCCUCGGCUAACAUUUAUCAAUCUACUGGUAUGUUCUUGAGUGCCCCACUUAUGGGUUCUUAUGGGAAUCACUCAACUCGAAGAGAUGAAGCUUCUGCAAGGGAAUUUUCUCUUCGUUUGGUGUGUCCCACCGGAAAUAUUGGAGGUGUGAUAGGGAAAGGUGGUGGCAUUAUUAAACAAAUUAGACAAGAAUCUGGAGCAUCCAUUAAAGUUGAUAGUUCAGGAGCCGAAGGAGAUGAUUGUAUUAUAUUUAUAUCAACAAAGGAGUUCUUUGAAGACCCAUCUCCCACCAUUAUAGCUGCGCUGCGCUUGCAACCACGAUGCAGUGAGAAAGCAGAAAGGGAAUCAGGUGAUUCUGUAAUCACCACCCGUAUACUAGUUCCGAGCUCACAGAUUGGAUGCCUUAUUGGAAGAGGCGGAGCUAUUAUAUCUGAGAUGAGGAGUGCUACUAGGGCAAGCAUUCGAAUUCUUUCAAAUGAAAACCUUCCCAAAGUUGCAUAUGAAGAUGAGGAGAUGGUGCAGAUCACUGGAAGUCUUGAUGUUGCUAGUAAUGCCCUUUCACAAGUAACUUUGCGCUUGAGAGCUAAUAUAUUUGAAAGGGAGGGAGGAUUAGCUGGAUAUCCUCCGGUGCUUCCUUAUGUCCCCAUGUCAGUGGACAUGUCAGAUGGUACAAAACAUGGAAAUCGUGAUAGCCAAUCACGUGGACGUGGAUAUUCUUAUGCAUCUGGUGAUGUGCCUGCUCGUGACAGUUAUGGAAGUUAUGGUGGUUCACUGAGUGGUGGCGAUAGUCUUUAUGGAGCGUAUGGUGGCCACUCUUCCGGUCGUGGGUUAUCUGGUCAGAAUUCAACCUCUCAAAGAAAAAAUCAUGGGCAUUAAUACCUGAUUGUAGGCCCUGCAGGUUAGUUUUGGAGGCUGUGUUAUGAAGGAAACCAUCGAUGCAAGCUAGUUAUAGAAAUUCCUGGUUGGAUUGAUUCACAGAUUGUCGGUGUGGUAAAGAUAAGAUAAAAUCAGUUCAAUGGGUAGGUUCACUCUCUGUAUUGAAUCAUCAUGUAUUAUCUAUAAUUGGUGUUCUGUGAAGCAUUUUUAGUUCUGUGCUAUCAAUUUGGCAGGUCUGAUGUAUCAUUGAUUUCUUCAGCAUUAGCAGGUAAGUUGUUCUGUGAAAUUGUUGGAUCAGUUGUAAUUUAUUCACACUUGUGAAAUAAGCAGUAAUAAACUAAUAACUACUAGAUCAGGAUAUAUAGAAAUGUGUCGUGAAACCAAAUGAAUUUGGUGAAAUAAUAAAAACUAGCAGUUAAACUGCUAUUUAAUAUAUAUAUAUAUUUUCACAUCUCUCUCUGGGAUGCACUUAAAUGUACAGGAUUAGUUUCUCUUUCAUGGGCAUGCUCACCUGUAAGCAUAUGUGCUUACACAUACACAACAUUCAGCUGUGUUGUCUAAUGCACAGCAAUGAAUUUAGGUUCACAUUUUGAAUGAGACUAUUUUUUUAAUUCCA